AAUUUGAUUAGUGAUUUCCGCCAAAUAUACACUUUUUGGCGAUGCAAUCAUGAAGUCAGUUCUCCGUAUGCAAGAAACCCGCGUUCUGCUUCGAAUAUGUGUCUUUUCCCCGUUCUGCAUUACCCUCUUUCCAUUCUCUCUCUAUCUCUAUAUCUCUGUAUAUAUGCACCAAGUAUAUAUACAUACAAACCGCAGCCGCAAAUCACAUCAUCAAAUCUCUCUCUCUCCGACCAAACACCGCCCAACGUUCCGUUCCGGGCAUUUCUCCAUGUUUUUCAAAUCUCCCAUAGAUCCGUUAAAAAUGGCUUCUUUUACGCCUCUCUGGCUCCUGCCUCUGAUCCUCCUUUCCAUAUUUGGAGCCGCAGCCGGCGACGGCGAGCCUUCAGCUGCUUUUGUCCUCUCUUCGGUUAGUCAUAAAUCGCGUGGCAAGACGGCGACGUUCCGAUCGUCUCUGUCACGCGACUCACGCUCGGCGGCUGAUCUUCGCAGUGGGAAAGGACAGCCUCCGCCGCCGCACAAGAAGCCGAGGGCACCGCCGCCGCCGCACAAGAAGCCGAGGGCACCGCCGCCGCCGCACAACUACACGGUUAAGUAUACGAUGGCUCUGAUCAUUACCCUUCGCAUAGGGACGCCCCCGCAGAAUCAGCGCAUGAUGUUGGACACCGGCAGCCAGCUGAUGUGGAUGCCGUGCCUCGAUAAUACCACCAAGGCGCCGCCGCCGCCGGUGGGUCAUACUCAUACGGCGCCGUAUAACAUUUCGCGGUCAGAUACAAUCUCUUUCUUUCCUUGCAAGAAGAGCUGCCAACCCAACAUUUUCCGUCAGGGCGUUGACAACUAUUGUAAUGACGACAAUACCAAGUGCAAAUACUCGUCUAUCUACGCCGACGGAACCGUAGUAGAGGGCACUUUGGUCAAAGAGAAUAUUUCUCUCGCCAAUUCAUUUUCCCCGUUAGAUUCGCCGACGUUCUUGAUGGGUUGCGCGAUGGGCGCCACCGACCCGGAGGGCAUAUUGGGGAUGAACUCAGGGGACUUCUCUUUUAUCUCCCAAUCCAAGUACCAGACCUUCUCCUACUGCGUGCCGGUCCGGCGGAAGGUCAACGCCAGCCGGAGAAAUCCCGACGGAGCUUUCUACUUAGGCGCGAAUCCCAAUUCCGGCACGUUCAAUUACGCGAAACUAUUGAGUUUCGCUGAUGUCACUAUCCACCCGGCUGCCCUGGACACUCUCAACUACGUCGUCAAUAUGACCGGAGUUAGAAUCGGCGGGGUAAAGUUGGACAUUCCGGCUGCCUAUUUUCGCUUCAACGAAAGAUAUGAAGGUCUGACGAUUAUCGAUUCAGGAACAGAGUACACGUUUCUUGUGAGAAACGUGUCCGAUAUUAUUAAGAAAGAAGUCGCCCUACGCGCCGGUAAAAAGUUCAAGACUGGUUACGUGUACCGGGGGGCCAUGGAAAUGUGCUUCGACGGGAGUGCGGCGGCGAUCGGAAAGAUGGUCGGCAACAUGUCUUUGGAAUUCGAUAACGGCGUUGAGAUUUUUAUCCCCGCCGAUCGGAUAGCAGAUGAUAUCACCGAAAAUGUGAGCUGUUUGGGCAUCGGGACCUCCGAUCUGUUGCCGGAUGACAGAAAUAUCAUCGGGAACUUCCACACGCAAAAUCUUUGGGUGGAGUUUGACUUGAACCGGCGCAGGGUGGGUUUUGGAAAAGCCGAUUGCAGCCGCGCUUUGGUUUGACCUACGUAAAUAUGCAAUUUCAUUUUAUUUUAUUUUUUAUUGUUUUGUUAACAACAUAUUUGUACUCGAUUCGUGUUUGUACAAAGAUACGGUGCUCAUUGUUUGUUCAUCUAUACAAUUACUCCUCUCUACAAAAAAAAAGGGUCAAAUUGAUUUUUCUUUGUGGAUUAGUGUGAAACUAAUAUUUUUAAAUACAAAAUUAUUUAAAACAUGAAAA